CGUAGCUCUUGCCAUCUUGGUUCCCAAUAGGUUUGCUGCAACUCAGAGUAUGUCUCCGGUCUCUCUCUAAUAUUUAGUUUGGUUAUUAAAGGAAACAAUGCAAGAAGUUUACCGAAUGGAUUGGUUUGAUUAGAAAAUGGAAACUCAGGCAUCUAUUGUUAACAAAAGUGUACCUUCAUCACCAAAUUUGGUGACUGGUUCUUCAGCCAGAAGAAAUUUGGGGAAGAGUCACCUUGGCGGGGUCAUAUUUGGUUGCAAGAACAAUACCAUAAAGGAAUGUCUCUCUAAGCAACUCUUUGGUUCUUCAAAUUUGGCAGGCUUACCAAUACUGCACUUUUCAUAUGUCAAGAAUAUUGAUCCGGGCUUGCCACUGUUCCUAUUCAACUACAGUGACAGAAAACUUCAUGGAAUCUUUGAGGCUGCUAGCCCUGGCCAAAUGAAUAUUAACCCUCAUGGCUGGACCACUGAGGGUUCAGAGAGAACAAAAUAUCCCGCACAGGUUCAGAUACGUAUCCGCAUGCAUUACCAACCGCUGCUUGAAAAUCAGUUUAAACCAAUAAUUAUUGACAACUACUACUCUCAUACCCAUUUCUGGUUUGAGCUAGACCGGGCUCAAACAAAUAGGCUCAUGUCCUUAUUUGCAUCUCUAGUGGAUGCUCCAAGUUCUUGUUUGCCGCAUAAUUCUGCGAAGUGGAGAACUAUUUUUCAACCUCUUCCCCGGAACAAUGCUGGAGAGGAAGGUGAAGAGUUGAAUCCACUUGCUUUGGAAAUCAAACAUUCUAAUCCCUCAAGUCAGAAGUCGGAUUCUACAGAUGUUGCUUCUUCAUUUGACGUAGACAGCCCGAUAUUGGAAGCUCAAUUAGAUGCAGAGUUAGCCGAACUAGAUGAGAUCAAAGUUAUAUUGACUAAACUGAAAGAAUUGGCUCUUUGCCAUGAACAUCAAGACUUGCCUGUGUCGGGUUAUAUGGAAGAUGUUGCCUUCAUGAAUGGUAUUCAAUUGGAAGACAAAGGCUUUCAAGGGAUGCCAACAGGUGUAGAAGAGAAUAAAGAGGAUAAUCCUCACUCGUCAUUUGGUGUGCAUGAGAAAAAUGAAGAGAACCCCCAUCCACCAUCUUAUGUAGAAGAGAAGAAAGGAGGGAAUCCUCAUUCAUCAUCUGAGUGCUGGUCCACCAUAACCCAGUUAAUUCGAGAGGUGCAAGAGCUAAAGGCUUUUAAUGCAGGACAAACUCAGAAGUUUGGCGUUUUGGAGCAGAAGCUGGUGGUGGCAGAAAUGGAAAUUCAGCGUUUGAAAGAUCAUUGUGCGAUUUUGGAACCUUUGUCCAAUCCUUCUGUGGCAUUUGUUAAUGAGAUGAUUAUUGAUGGACUUGAUGAGGUCCAUCUCGAUCCUAAUGAGUCAAUAUUUCUAAUAGGAGGAUAUGAUGGUGAAUCAUGGUUGUCAGCAGUGAAUUUAUAUGAUCCUUCUCAGGAUGUGAUAAAAUCUCUUAGGCCGAUGAACUCUGUCAGAUCAUUCUCCUCAGCUGCACAGCUGAAGGGUGAGCUUUACGUAUUUGGAGGAGGAAAUGGAAAUGUGUGGUAUGACACAGUGGAGUCAUAUAGCCCAGCUAAUGAUCAAUGGACCUUGCACACUCCACUGAAUCAGGAAAAGGGUAGUUUAGCUGGAGCUACUAUAGAUAACAAAAUAUUUGCCAUUGGUGGGGGGAAUGGCACCAAAAGCUUUUCAGAUGUUGAGAUGCUUGAUUUAGAAAUUGGAAGAUGGAUCUCAACACGCUCAAUGCUACAAAGGCGGUUUGCUCUUGCUGCAGUGGAACUGAGUGGUGUGCUUUAUGCUACUGGUGGAUUUGAUGGGAAAAAUUACUUGGAGUCUGCUGAGAGAUUUGACCCCAGAGAACAUUCUUGGACAAGAAUUGCAAGUAUGAAUACAAAGAGAAGCUCCCAUUCCCUGGUUGUUUUCAAUGAGAAAUUAUACGCUCUGGGUGGAUAUGAUGGAACUACAAUGGUUCCAAGCAUUGAAAUUUUCGAUCCACGUAACGGUUCGUGGAUGUUUGGCGAACCAAUGAAAAACCCUAGAGGAUAUUCUGCUGCUGGUGUUAUCAAGGAUUCUAUCUACGUAAUUGGAGGGAUUAAAGGUUGCGGAAACAUUGUUGACACAGUUGAAACCUACAAGGAUGGUCAGGGUUGGCAAGAAACCCACACAAGGGCCGUUGGGAAAAGGUGCUUCACGUCAGCAAUUGCGUUCAGUCCUGAUACGGCUGGACGUUACUUGUAAUUGAUCUUGUUUAAAUGUACAGAAGAA